AUGCCAAUACUCGUCGAAUAUAUAGUUCAAAAUGCAAAUGGUGAAGCAUGUGAAAACAAUAAUCUACAUUGUAUUUGUUGGCUGUUAGGCAAGAUGUGUAAUGUCAUGAUUACUGGUUCACAACAGAAUUUAACAGAAAGAAAACAUGCCGAUAAAUUAAAGUCACUCUUGUUUGCUGGUGGUUGUGAAAGAACAAUAAUAGAAAAUAAUAAAUAUCUAUUAGAUUUGUUCGAAUCUCCUUUAGCUACUUACAGUCAAUUAACAUUGACUGAUGAAAUUGAACGACCACCAUUUGAUCAUGAAUUUGUCAUGUCAGUUUAUAAUAAUACUAAUCAGGGUGCACAAUUGAUAUCAAAAAUGAAAGAACAUAUGAAAGACAGACAACGUUUAUUACAAAAAUCGAUUGAACAACAAGCAAAUGAUGCAUUUGCUGCUGUAUUUGCUGUUUAUAUUAAACAUUAUCGUCGAAUUAAUUUAGCUAAACAUGAACUAGCUCAAACGGAUAAUAAAAGACCACACUGUAAACUUUUAUCAAUCUAUGAAUAUGCCAGUCAUGUUCAAACAUUAUUCGCCACAACAAAAGCACAAGGUGGUGACUGUAAUGAACUUUGCAAACAAGUAAAAAUGAAUGCAUUAUUUCUUUUGUCAUCCGUCCAAGCAAGUAAUUCAAUUCCAAUUAUCAAUGAAGAUCUUCUGCAAUCAAUAACAAGUACACAAAUAAUGACACCAAUAGAACAUAAAAUAAAACCGUCAUUCAAGCGACAAGUCUCACGAUGGACAACAGCGAAACGUGUCUUUCAAUUGCUUCGAAAUACAAUGAAUGCUUGUAUACGAUUUAAAAGAUUGAUAAUAGCCAAAAAACAAGCUAUUAGACAAAAGUCCGAUAAUGAAAGUAUCUUAAAUCGAACAAUUGAUGGUUACCUUUAUGGUGAUCUUUACAAAACGGUGACAAGCGAAGAAAAACAAUUGGAAUCAGAUGAACUUAUUGAAUAUAAUCUUGCCAUUGGUUGGUUCAUUAAAAGAGCAACAACAACGGAAGGCGAUACAUCAAAUGUUACAUAUGGUCUAUCAUCAAAAUUUGAUAUUGAACUCUGUUCAAUUGUAAAAAUAUAUACCGAUGAACAAAGUAAUGAAUUUCAAUUGGCAACUAUCAUAGAAAUUGACACGAAUGCUAGUGAUUCGGACAUACCCGAUACGUCGACCUAUUUGAUUCAAUAUUUAGAAACGAAUGAAAUAAAAACAGUGACAAUUGAUGAACUACAUAUUGAAAUCGAUGUCUCACCACCUAAUCUACACUUGUUACCAAAAGCAAACGAAACAAAUGCAGCCAUACAUUCAUUGUUCGAUGCAUUGGCAUAUUUCAUACAAAUUGAUACGUCGACAAAUGAAUCUGUACCGUUAUUACAACUGAAACGUCGCUCAGUAGCCGUUUUAUUUCAUAUAUUGAAUGAUAAAACUCUCGUCGAAGUAUUCAUGCAAAAACCAUACGCACCCAUUAUUGUCAAAUUAUCCAUAUCUGAUUCAUUAUCGAAUAAUUGUCGGCAACUAUCUGAUUUACGAUUAUUGAAUAGACAACAUUUGGAACAGUAUUGUUUAAGUUUAGAUAAGUGUCUAAGCUCAAAUGAAAUCGUACACAACGAUAAUGGUAAUAACAGCCAAUUGUUGCAUGAUGCGAUAGUUGUAAAUAGUAAGCAUAAAUUUUCGUCAUACGUUUGGAACAAUGAUGAUAUUAAUAGCAAUCAAUUGAUUGUUAACGCACUAUCGACGAACAUAUUAAAAUAUAAUGGUUGGAAACCAUAUGCAUCCGAAAUUGAAAUUGAAUCGUUUAGAAGAGGUCGAAUUGGAAGUAAUGAACCUUCAAUUGUUCCAAUGCCACUCAACAUUAGUGACUCAAGCGUAUUCGAAGGAUGUGGUAAUAAUCAUAAAUUCAAAGGACGAAUUUCUCCGAAUCCUAAAAACACAAAUGGACCAUUUCCAACAUAUAUUGUUGAUAAUGUACACGUAAGUAAAGGUAAAUGGUAUUAUUGUGUUAAAAUACUAGUUAGUGACAUUAUUCAAAUUGGAUGGGCAACAAAUGGAUUUAUACCUGUUCCAGAUGAUGCUCGUGGAAUAGGCGAUGAUACGUAUUCAUGGUCAUACGAUGGAUCACGAGGUACACUUUAUAAUAAUGAAGAAUUUCAUUUUACUUCUGAUGAUAUUCGGUGGAAAAAAAAUGAUGUUUGUGGUUGUGGUAUUGAAAUUGACGGUGAAAAUAUUUGUAUCAAAUAUUGGCUCAAUGGAAACUAUCUUGGUAAAGCUUUUGAACAUCAAUCAAAUAUCGCAUCGACAACGACAAAAUGUAAUAUGUUACCAAAUGGACGGCAGGGUACCACCUAUUUUCCUGGUGUUUCUUUACAAGUGCGUUCUUAUUCUAGUAGUCGUUGUGAACUAAUUUUUAGUCCAGAAGACAUGACAAAAUGUCCAUUGCCCAAAGGUUACAAACCAUUACUGAUGCCGAAAUUAAUCAAUAUCGAAAAUUCUAUUGUUGCUUAUCCUUACAGCGCUUAUUUGAUUGAUGAUCAAGUUCAAAAUAAUUUUCAUACACAACGAAGUACAACAUCGACGAUUUUUCUGCGUGAUUUUGUAAGCGAACAUCACCUUGAAACAGGUUUCCCUAUGGAUGAUCAUCACCUAGUCUUACCAGAAAAUAGUAAUGGUUUACCACUUGCGAUCGAUAAUUAUGCUUCGUCAUUGACAAUCAGUUUUGAUUUUAAAAUUUUAACAGAAGUUGAAAACGAAACUGACACAAAAUUAGAUAUUUUGUUAUUUACACUAGAGAAUACAGAAAUAUUCUCAGUGCAAAUCUCAAUAAGCAAAAUCGAAAACGAAAUACGAACUGCAAUCAUAUUCGAUCUGAAAGAACAACAAAUGACAAUCUACUUCAAUAAUGAAUGUCGAAAAUUUCACGUUGCUUUUGAAACUACGAAGAUGGCGAAACUAAAUUUUCAUAUUUUACCUAAUAUUGCCGUCGGAAUAAAGAAUCUCGGCAUUUGGAAAUAUGCUCUUUCGGAGGAACAUAUUCGACGUCUAUUCACCUAUGGCUUAUUCUAUGUAGCAAUCGAUUAUCAACAGUUGAAAGAACAUCGAAAACAAGCAAACACUAUCACGUUCAGUAAGAAUCAACAACAAUUUUCUAGUCAAUUACUUGUUCCGUUUAAUGAACCAUUCGAAGAGAACAUAUGGGAGAAAAAGAAGAAACAAGUUGACAUUGAUGAAUUCAAAUAUUUUAGAACAAUUGCUGGAACUGAUGAGUCCGUCGUACAAUUAUUUGGAAAUAAAACAUAUCUCGUUCUAGACAAAUCAGCUAAUGAAUGGUGCGAAUAUACACUUAUUCUCGACAUUUGCAUACCUAAUUGGCCAACGAAUAACGAACAAUUGACACUAUUGACAUUGAAUACACAAUCAGAAAUUUAUAUUACACAUAAUGGUAAAAUUAUUCUAUCUAGUAAUGGAACACAAAACAAAAGUGAUUCAACAUUGAAAUUGAAUGAAUAUUUCCGUUUGCAUAUAUCGUUUCAAAAGAAAGUUGUCAAAAUCUACGUAAAUGGAAUACUGGAACUAAGUGUCAAUGUCAAUGAGAACCAAUUCAUGGCAAAAGCUAAACGAAUUGAACUGUUUCGAGAAGUGGAUUUAGGAAAGAAUACGACUAAUGAUGAUAGACUUCGAAUUGAAUGUAAAUCGAUCACAUUUUUAAACGGCUUAAUAGCAGAUGUAGAUAAUCGUGAAGAAAUGAAAUCAACAAAAUAUUCAUUAGAAACUUUGGUUGCACCACCCUUUUCUAUCGUUGCGUUAAAUUUAGUUGCCAUUGGAUACAAAGAAUCAUGGAUAAAAUACGCUAUGAAAGAAUACAAUACGAGUAAUAUUCAAUGGAUUGAUACAAUUAUACGUGAGAAAAAAGAAGAAUUCAUGAAGAACGAAGCUCAAAAUCGACAAAAACGUUAUUUCAAUAUUUUGUCGAGAUUAAAUCCAUCCAUUGAUAGAGAAAAAAUGGAAGAUCUGCUUGCGUUCUCGAAAUUUGAUACUGACGAACAAGUGACAGCUGCUUAUGAACUCGUGUUACUGCAUUGUCACGAUCUACAGACUUCGAAAUCGUUGUUGAUGACGUAUGAAACGAAAGAAAAUGUUCCAAAUUCAAAUGAGAAUGACACUGUAUUGUCAAGCAAAAAAUGGUACUAUCAAACUGUUCGUGAUUUAGGUGUCAAUGAUCGUCUCGACGAAUGGAUUCAAGGAAAAACAAGAAUGAUUCGAGCAGAAGAUCUCACUUGUCAAUUGUUCGAUUUGACAAAAUCUGAACAAGAACUAACAACAAUGACAUCAUUCGUAGAAAGUCAACCAAAAAAGAUUAAAAAAUCAAUUCAAUAUUCACAUCGACAAAUAUCACAACAAAAAUAUAUGAACUUGCGUGUCGCCUGUGAACAUGGAUUGACAAUGAUCUACGCACGUUAUACUUUAUUCAAUAUGUUAAAAGUUUGGUCAGAUCAUAGUUCAAAUAAAUUUCCAUGGGAAAAAUUUGGUGAUUGUGCAUUCAUAACUAGACUAUUACAGUUGAUGGAUUAUCGCUACACGUAUACAAAUACGAACAUAGAUGAAAAUAUUGAUAUCAUGAGUUUAUUAACGAAUUCGAUUCUCAAAGUUGAAAUACAAGAAUUAUUAAAAUAUGCUAUGAGAUCGUCGCAAGAAAUUCCUUCAGUUGAGUUUGACACAGUGAAAGCUAGUAGUGUUGAUGAUAAGGACGAAGCUACUAUGUUUCACCAAGCUUAUGAUCAAUUACAUCAAAAUGCUCAAGUAUUAUUUCGAAGAGAAGAGGAACAACUUUGGCAAGCGCAAUACAUUGGAAUGCAUAGUACAGAUCAAGGUGGACCCUAUAGAGAUUCAAUAACACGCAUUUGUUCGGACAUAUGUAGUAUACGACUGUCUUUGUUUAUUUUAUGUCCAAACGGACGAACACAAACUGGUUUGAAUCGUGAUCGUUGGAUUCCAAAUGUAUUUCCACCGAAUAAAUCGAUUUCAACUAAAGUGAAAAAUCAAUAUCGUUUCAUUGGACAAUUAAUGGGCAUGGCAAUACGUCGAAAACAUUACUUGGAUUUAAAAUUUCCCAGUCUGCUAUGGAAACAAUUGGUGCAAGAAAAAGUAACUAUGGAAGAUAUUGAAGCAAUUGAUAUGCAAAGUUUUACAAUUAUUAAUGAAAUGGAAAAAACUUUAAAACGAAAUCAGUCGAUAGAUACCGAUAGUGACAUCAAUUAUUUACUUAGUAGUAUUAUGAGUGAACUACGUUUUGAUAUUGUGAGUUCAGCUGGACAAACUUAUGAACUCAUUCCCGGUGGUGCAGAAAUUCCGAUUACUUCUGAUAAUUUAAAACAAUAUUGUGCGUACUAUUGUGCAUAUCGUCUAAAUGAAUUUCAUCGACAAAUUGAAUUUAUUCGUCAAGGCUUGUAUAGUAUUGUACCAAGCUAUUAUUUAAGUUUAUUUACAGCUAGUAACCUUGAAGAAGCCAUAUGUGGAAAAGGGCAAAUUGAUAUUGAAUUAUUGAAGAGGAACACGAAUUAUAAGCAUAUAAGUGCAGAUGCACCACACAUUCAACGAUUUUGGACAGUCCUAAGUGAAUUAUUCGAUGAAGAUCAAAGAAAAUUAUUCUUGAUAUUUGUUUGGGGAAGAAGUAUAUUACCGAGUAAAGAUGAAGAAUUUACAUCGAAAUUCAAUAUUAAUCCAUAUUAUCUAAGCAAUGAUGAAGUGGAUAAAGCGCUUCCACGUAAGUAA